CGUUUAAAAUUGUCUGAUAAACAUAGUCAACUUAAAGCGACCAUAACUUUAUUAUUUUAAAUGGAUCACCCCGUAUUUUUGAACAUUGGACAGUUGGUAUUUUCUAAGUUCUAACGAACAGAUACCGUUGAAAACACCGUAUAUUAUUUUUUGUUAACUGCUAACUAGCACAUAAACGAAUUUGCUACUUAUGAUUCAUUCCUUGUUUACACUUCCCUCUCUCUCUUUCUGUAUAGCCAAUAGACCAGUACCAGCGUAUACAUUCACUCCGAGAGAACAGAACAAAUUGAACCGAUAAUCGACCAUCCAGUCGCCAUACAUGCUCCAAAUCCCGUGCUACGUGCUCGAAAAACUGCGAUGCUCAGCGUGCGGCGGCUACCUGAACACCAAGCCGCUGGUGGUGCGCGCGGAGGACCAACAGCAAAUGUGCGGCAAGUGCUUCGAAUCGCUGCCCGCCGACGAGAAGGGAAAGUACGCGAGACAGCCGGGCCUCGAGAUCCUCGCCGAUAUCAUCCAGUUUCCCAGCAAGUACGAUUCGCAGGACUGCGGCUACAGUUAUCGCACGAAUUGCACCUAUCGAAGUUCAAAUACGUUUCUCGGCGAUGGAAGCGUUAAUAAAUCGAGUCGUGUUAACAACGAAUUGUUGUCCGAGUCCGAUCAAGUACGAUGCAGUUUAAACUACGAGAUAAAGGACAGAACGUAUACUAACGAACCUCAAACGUUGGAUUUUGCAAUGAUAUUGAAAGGCAAUCGCGAUAAUAUUUUGUCUAUUAAAAACACCAGCAAUGAAGAAGCACUGAACAACAUCGAAAUAAACUUGAAAGGUACACUACGCGUUAGCAACAAACCCGAAUUGGUGUGUUCUAAUAUUGCUAUUAAACCAAUACAAUACACGAAUUUGCACGAAUAUAAUCGAAGAUGCUACCGUUGCACUGAAGGCUGCGGUGCCUGUAACCCGACAGAUUCGAAAUCCCUAUGCAAAAAUUUCUCUAGAGGCUGCAAGGAGAAGGUGCAAUUCGACGAUGCCCGUAGACACGAAGCCAAAUGCGAAUACAACAACUACAAAUGCAUUUUGGAUUCCUGUAAUGUGAUCACCACGCUACCUAAUAUCAAGCAGCACAUCAAAACCGAUCAUCCACAUUCCAUUCUAUCCAGCGAAGUCUCGAAAAUUUUUGGCGCCAAAGACGAGACGUUUGUGACGUACUCCAACGACAAUCUCUUCAAGUGCUUCUAUUACUAUUACAAGACAUUCGUGGAGUUUUACGUUGUGCUUGUGGGCUCCGGCGAAGAGGCCUCCAAGUACUCUUACGAGGUGAUGGUGGAUUUAGGCGACGGUGUGGUGUCGAAGAAAUCGAAAUGUUCCACGUGGAAUGACGCAAUGCUGGAGAAAGGCGUCACUUUCGAUAAGAAAGAGCUGCUGGUCGAUAACGAUAAGAUAGUGGAGGUUAAAGUAAAAUUUAGGAUUGUGUGAAUAUAAUGAAUAAAGCUCGGAAUUUGUGCAAAUUAUUAACAAAUUAUUAUUAAAUCUGCAUCAAUGUACUCAGCUUUACAUGAAAAUGUCAUAUUUUUCAAUACUAGUUUUCACAAUUUUUUUGAAAUUUUUUUUAAUUUUUCAUGAAAAUUUCGUAUAUUUUAUUACAAAUUUUAU